AUUACGUCAUCAGACAGGUUAACGUUUUAUUUACGCCGCGCCAAACUGUCGUGGGGUUGGCCGUAACGGCGUCGCUUCAAGCGUACCGGUCAAGCGUGCUGUGUGCCGUAUUUCAGCGCCUUUUGACUGAAAAGAGAGCAGGAACAUCGCCCAAUUGAACCCAAGAAAUCAGAGGGAGGACUCUGAUAGCUACAGACAUGGGGGCGUUGAUUUCCAGAUGGAGGACAAAGCCGACCACAGUGGAGCAGCUGGAGAACCUGGAUAAGGAAAUUAAAGAGUUGGAGGAGUUUAGAGCCAAAAACCAGCGUUUGCAGAAGCUGUGGGUUGGCCGGUUGCUGCUCUACUCCUCUGUUCUUUACCUGUUGACCUCUCUGACUGUCUACUGUCUCUACCUGCCUGAGGAAUGGCUCCAGAGAUUAGCCAUGGCCCUGCCUUUCUUUCUGUACCCUGUGCUUGUGUGGUUUAUCAGGAAGCUGCUGAUUUUCCUCUUUUCCAAACGCACUGAGCGAAACAGUGACAAGCUUGAAGACUUAAAGGCAGCCAAGAAGAAGAUACUGGAGGAGGUGAUGGAAACCGAGACGUACAAAAAUGCCAAACUGAUCCUGGAGCGCUUUGAUCCUGACGCUAAGAGGAAAGCCGAGCUGGAGUCGACGCCGGUGCGUUCUCAGAUAACUCCCAGGCCCGGCCAAGAGAUCCGCCAGAGGGGGGUGCCAAUGAGACCCAUGCCCAUGGGCACCCCGGCAGCCGUGGGAAUGACUCCUCCACCCGGAGCGAGGCCUCUGCUGGGACCAGGGGGUACACCUGUGGCUCCAGGAGGACCCCCGGAGAGAUCGACUCCUGCUUCUGUCCUCCAGGGAGCCGUGCCCAGGACCCCCUGCUCCCCCAUACCGGGCGUAGGUAUGCAUCCCCCCGGACCUCCAUUAGCAAGACCCGUUCUGCCCAAAGACAGGGGAGCUGUGGACAGAGUGAUCGAGUACCUGGUGGGAGAUGGACCACAAAACAGAUAUGCUCUAAUCUGCCAGCAGUGUUUCUCACAUAACGGCAUGGCUCUGAAAGAGGAGUUUGAAUAUCUGGCAUUUCGCUGUGCGUAUUGCUACUUUCUGAACCCGGCCAGGAAGACACGGCCUCAGGCCCCCCGACUCCCAGAGUUCAGCUACGAGAGGAGGCUCAGAGCGGAGUCGCCCUCCCCGGGACCGCAACCGCGCCCCGGGGGGGACACGGACGAGAGCGCCCCGCCCUCUGGAGCCAAAGCCCCAGCUCCGUGGAAUAUGGUCCACAGUUUCAGGAUCCAGCAGAGUCCACAGAAUCGCCAGAGCCGGCCCCUGCAGAGUCCAGAUGAGCGAGAGAUGGGAGAAGAUGAGGGACAGGCCAAAGAAGUAGAGGGUGACAGCCAAUCGGAGGAGCAGCAGCACCAGGAGGAGGAGGACGAGGAGCAGGAGGAGCUGCCGGUCCAGGGCCAGGCGGCCGAAGAGGAGCCGGAGCAGAGUCCAGACCAACCCCAGGAGGCAGAGCCUCAGCCCUCAUAG